CGCUUCGCCCUCGAGCUCGAGUUCGUGAUGUCGCUCGCGAACCCGCGCUACGUCCAUCACCUCGCGUCCACCGGCGCCAUGGACGACCCGGCGUUCAUCGCGUACCUGGAGUACCUGCGAUACUGGGAGCAGCCGCAGUACGCCAAGUUCGUGCACUACCCACACGCGUUUUACUUUUUGGAGCAGCUGCGGCGGCCGGAGUUCCGCAAGGCGAUGGCCAAUCCGAGGCUGGCGGAGCAGGCGCACGCGCACCAGUUCUGGCACUGGCAGCGGAGCAGG